ACGGCGCGAGGCCUUAGUCGCAGAAAGUCAGGCGCGCGCGCAACUCGCGAUCACGUCUCACGGUUCGCGCGGAUCCGCAGUGCGGGUAUUGUGUUCACUCGCGUUAAAACAAAAUGAAACUACACAUUAAAGCAUUCGAUGCCAUACCGGCGCGGCUUGUAGUGGGGAUCAUGAUGUUCUUCGCGUGCUGGGUCAACUACAUGAUGAGGGUCAACAUGAGCGUCAAUAUCAUCGCCAUGGUCCCCGACAACAAAAAUGCCACGUCAGUGAAAAGCCAGUGCGAGGCCAUCGUGACGAAUGACAGCGCCCUCUACAACGAGACGGCGUUCGUGGUGACACGCCGACCACGACAGCCUGAAAACGUGGUGACCUUCGACUGGACAGCUCAGGAGCAAGCCUACGUCUUGUCAGGCUACUUCUGGGGGUAUGCAGUCACCUGUCUGGUGGGGGGCACGGCGGCCGAGAUGUGGGGCCCUCGGAAGGUGGUCUUCAUCACUAUGCUGGUCACCUCCAUACUGACGAUACUGUCGCCACAAGCUGCUCGUCUCCACUACUUGGUGUUGGUCGCUGUCAGAAUCGUUAGCGGUCUUGCAUCAGGUUUCUUAUUCCCAGCUCUUCACGCGUUAGUGGCGCAUUGGGCACCACCUCAAGAGAAGGGCAAAUUCGUGAGCGCUCUGCUGGGAGGGGCCAUCGGAACCGUUGUCACCUGGUCCCUCACUGGCCCUCUCAUCGAGAAAUUUGGCUGGGAUUAUGCGUUUUACAUACCAGGAAUUAUAUCUACAGUUUGGUGCCUACUGUGGCUCGUACUGGUGUAUGAUUCACCCGUGAAACACCCCCGCAUUUCGGACAGCGAAAAGAAAUACAUUCUGGAAGCUUUAGGUGACAAAGUCCAUCAAAGCGCAAAAGACACAAAGAUCGUGCCGCCAUUCAAAAGCAUCUUCACCUCUCUUCCCUUCCUGGCUAUGGUGAUUCUUCACUAUGGCAGCAACUGGGGGCUAUACUUCGUGAUGACAGCAGCCCCUAAAUUCGUCUCCAGUGCCCUUGGCUUCAACCUGACUUCCACUGGCACUCUAUCUUCGCUGCCAUAUCUUGCUAGGAUGAUUUUCUCUCUAACUUUUGGUGCUAUUGGAGAUAGGAUCGUGAAACAGAACGUAGUCUCCACGACAUUCAUGAGGAAAUUCUUCUGUCUGUUCUCUCACGUGGUGCCUGGCUUGCUGCUCAUUGCAUUAGGCUACACGGGCUGCGCGCCGAUCCUCUCAAUAGUCCUCAUCACCUUCUCCAUGGGGUCCAAUGGCGCUGCCACGCUCACCAACUUGGUGAACCACCAGGACUUGGCGCCAAACUUCGCGGGAACUCUGUACGGAAUCGCCAAUGGCAUCGGCAACACUGCUGGAUUCGUUACUCCAUUAGUGACAGCUCACUUCACGAAGGAUGGCAACGGGUUUGCGGAGUGGCGGCCUGUAUUCAUAACAGGGGCUUCGUUGUACAUCGCUUCGGCCGUGUACUUCAUUCUGUUCGGGACUGGUGAGACCCAGAGUUGGAACUACGUAGCUCCCGUGGAGGAAGAGCGGGACAAGAGGCCUAGCGCUAACUCCACUAACUCUACCGACACCGCCGUCACCGUAACGAUCCCCGUCAAAACAUAGAAAUUGGACAAGUCUAGUGUUAGAAUACCAAUGUUUUUUUAUUUAUUCUUGCCAAAAAUUAACGGCAACAGAUGACACGUGUUGAAGGAGAGACGAAUAAAUAGUUAAAUAUAGAAGUAUUGUGUUGAUUAACGGUACUAAAAGUACUUAAUUUUUUAAGUCGUUCAUGACGUUAUUAUUAAGCUAUUUUGUAAAAAUAUUAUCUGAAUUAUUUAUAGUUUGUUUUCCAUUCAGAAGUACCUAAUGUAAAACUUUCCAUGAGUAUUAUUGCCAUAGCUAAUACGGUUGCGAAUGGUUACGAAAUGUAUUGUUGGUAUGGGUUGAAAUACAAAUGGUACAAUAAACGAUUUACAUAAGUAUUCAUCGGAUGUUAAAGUGUCGACAUUUCAACGGCAGCUCCAACUGGGUUACUCGUUGUCGGUUAAGUUGGGUAAUGUGGUACUUGUCACGUGCGAUAGCUGUCAUAAUUGUAUUUCGUGGUAGACGUCUCUUUUUAUUGAUUGAAUAUUUCCACGAUAUUUUUACUUAUGAAAAAAUCAUAAUUUUGAUGAAAAUACGUGAACUAUUUACAUGUUAUUAGCGUCUAGUUUAAGUUAAAUGUCUUAUGUAGUCCACGUAACUUUUAUUCAUACGAUCGAUAGGUAUUAGGUAGGUAGAUCUUUGAAUCACAUGAUAGGACAGACUGUUUAAGUUUCUGUACAUGAUAGGACAGUGUGUUAAUAAAGGUCGGACCGAAUUUGCGCGGCACUGCACGGCGCGACACAAAGCGUCAAAUUAUUCUUUCAGUCAUUUUGUAUGGAGAAUGUCGCAUUAUGGAGCAACACAGUUGCUUACGAGAUCAUAAUUUUUGAACGUGGAGUGUAGUGUCGCGUAGCGCCGCGCAAAUGCGGUCCGACCUUUAGUUCGCAGCAACAUGCCUGUAUUACAAUUUUUAUUUCCUCAAUGAUCCUAAAUCAUUUACACAAGUAUUAUUUAAAACAGAUAUUUAAAAUCAUACAGGAUGUAUGUUAUUAGAUUAAGCAAAAAAUAUAUUAAUGAUGUAGGAUUUGUACCAAUAUUGAUUAAGAGAUUAAAAAAAAAUUAUAUCUAGGACUCUAGGUACAUUUUAGCCCAUUUAUUUGGUAGACUUAGAUUUUUGUUAUUUCAAUGUCAAUGGUUUAUCAAAUAAUCGGGCUCGAUAUUAUAGUGUUAUUAAGAUUUUUAAAUACCUACAUCAUAGAAAUAAGUUUUAACGUUGAGUUUUUAAGACUGUGAUGAAUUUGUGCUCAGUGCGUGAAUAAUAUACAUUUAUAUUGA